UAAUUGGCGCUUCUGUCUGUUUUAAUGUUGUUCGUAUUGAGGAGAAGUUGAUGGAGGUGUGACUCUUGUCUGAAAGGUUCAGGAGGAGAAGCCUCGAGUCUGAGAGGACGCUGCUCUUAGUUUCUCCUGCAUUCCCCAACAUGUGCUGAGCCGCUGGAACAUGGCUGACCCAGGUCCUCACGGGCUGGACGACGAAGCCUUCCCCGGGUUCCUCGCCCAGUCUCUGGACGGCUCCGGCGGCCGGCCCACCCUGGGCAACGUGAGCCUGGGCUCGGGCCCGGGUCUGCCCGUGGCCGCCUCCACGGUGGCUAAAGUUAGAGCGGGCUGCGGCAACAGGUGCGAGGAGGACAGAGGACAAGAGGAGCCGUCGUUCCUGGGGGGCAGAGAGCUGCAGGAUGCUGGCUCACAUUCAUCCAUGGAGGAUCAGCCCAGGUUCGCCCUGAGCUUCAAAGACGAUCUGGACACAGCUGCAGAUUUCAUUGCUGCUCACCGCCUCUCAGAUGUGCUGCUGAAGGUCAGUCUGGAUGAGACCAAACGCUCCACGCUGGGCCUCGGAGCCGUGCAGGCUGGUGGCGAGUGUGGAUGGCCUACAGAACUCCGAACAGCAGAUUUGUCCACAGGGCUUCUGACAAUGACCCAGUUUGGACAGAAGGAUGGGGCAGACACAAAGCGUCCCUCUUUUGGUGGGCCGGCUGCCACGAUGGCGGUUGACCCUGUGCAGAGUGAAGGGGUCGACAGUGACUGUUUCAGCAGUAACUCCAGCUUCCUUGCUAAUGAAAAGCUCAUGUCUGUGGACAGCUUAAGCAGCAAUGAAACAGAUGAUGAUGUCGACCUGAACAACCUGCCUGAAGACGAGCUGGAGGUUUACUUCAAUCAACUGAUUCCUCUUUCCAUGCAGAGAGGCAGAGUGGAGGGUCAGGAGAUCCCUGUUGCUGGAGGCGUUGGUGCUGCCGCAGAUGAAUCUGAUUCCAGCUCUGUGGAGGGAGAACAAUACAGACAUCCGUUUGUUGACGGUCACGAUCAAGACUUCCAGAUGCCCAACGUGCGCCUGGCUGCUACAGGUAUGGACUCCUGUCCAGCAAGCGAUGAAGACACUGAUGAUGAGCUGGAAUCUGCUAGAAGGAGCGGUAGUUCCUCCAGGGCCCGGCUGCUUCCCAGCACAUCCCGACAGCUGGUCGGAGAAAGUCACCGUCCGAGUUUCAGGCCGGGUCUGGAAGGAGGCAGCUCUGAUGAGGAGGCUUCCUCUGGACGCGCUGCUCCGUCCCUGUCUGCCAUUGAGCACAGAAGAUCUGCUGAAGGUCAGGUCAUCAACCCCCCCAUGACAGGGAAUGGAGGAGGUGGAGACGGCAGCAGUGGUAGUGAGGAAAGCGGAAAUGAUGGUGGAGUGUCCACCGUCCCGCUCAGUGGUGUGCAGACCACCUACGAUGCCUUUCGGGGUUUGGGUAUUGUGGGCGGCGGUCCCGCUGGUGGAGAUGAGAAUGCUGUUCUGAACCGACAUGCACAGAUGGGUGACCGCGUGGGCCCUGUGGGAACUGGUGAGGCAAGCUCAUCUGGGGGCUCAGAGAGACGGUCUGUCAGUGUAAGCGGGGCAGACCAACAGGAGGCGCUGGUUCUGACCCCUGAUCACGGUGACUUUGAAGAUGAGGGGGUUGAUGAGCCUGAUGGUGCCAGGCCCUCCUUAGGCUCGAGGGGGGGGGCACGUGGUGUCACUGUGGAAACCUCUGCUACAGCCUCUGAUGGUACGAGUGAGGACGAUGGUGCCCCGCCUUCCACUUCCCUGGAGCCUAAAUAUUUCUCCCAGAGUUUCAUAGAGGAUCAGGAGGAGUCCGAUGAAUGUUGGAGUCAUUGCCCAGACGACCUGGAGCUGGAGUUUCAGCAGGGAGCCAAUGCCACUCAUGACAUCGUUUACCAGAAUGAAGAGGGCCAGUGGGUCACAGAUCUGGCAUAUUACUCCUGUUUGAAGAAGGAAGCUGAUGGGGAGAUGUUGGAGAACUCGGAUCUGUUUCAGUCUGAAGACUUCCUACCUGCCAGCGCCGCUCUGGAGAAGAUAGGGAAGGAUGAAGAAGAGUUUGAGAAGGAGCAUCAGUUUAUGCAGGAGGAGCAGAUUGGAGCUGCCGGCAGCAACAGCACCUUUCAUGGCGACUCCUCCUGGAGGAUUCCCCCCACCAGCCACAUCCACAUGAGGGCGUCUCAGGUCUCCUCAGACUUCCAGCAGACGGAUGAAAGCUACCUUCGGCUGUCUUUGGGACAGUUUUUUGGCCAGCGCUCUGAAGCUAUGGGCUGUCUGGGCAGUGAUGAUGUGGAUAAUGUGAAACGGCCGUCGUUUGGCUACAUCAUUACAUCUCCAGAGAAGAGGGAACCGUUUGCGCUGAUUUCGCCCUCUGAGCUGCGGUCCGCAGGCGGCUCGCCUCACAGUGACGACGAAGAUAGAACCCUCAACCCAGAUGAGCUGGACAACACCCUCAAUGCCCACAAAGAAAGGAUCUCACUGCAGGAAGCAGCAGAACCUGCUGAGCAUGAGGUCACACCUGCAUUAGCUGAAGACGGGCGGGGAUCAGGUGCUGUACCAAGUCCGGGCAACCAAAGCUGUGCCUCCCCUGGAAAUGAGGGCAGUCUGCAAAUGCUUAGCAUCAGCACCAUCGCCUCAGCAAUCACCAAUGCAUCCAUAAGCACUGACCCAUCCCAGCUGGCCGCUAUGAUCCUGGAUCUGUCCAAGAGGAGCAGGACGAAACGUCUACCGGUGUCUGCUGGCAGCAGCUCAGAGGACUGCUCUGCAGCUCAGCAUAUCCUGUCUGAGGCAGAUCAGAGAGCCUUCAUGGAGACUCUGCAGGGGAGCAUCUGUGUUGGAGACUUGACUGAAUUUGACAUAGAGAAAUAUCUGAAGAACACGAAUGUUUCUGCCAGCAGCGAUUCCUCUGAUGCACAGACCACUUUGGACCCGAGUGUGUGGUCCCAGUGUCUGAGCAGCUCCCAGAAGAACCUUCUGGUAGGACGUCCCACCAAACAGCACAGCGGGAGCCAACAGACACUUUCAAAUGCUAAACCUGCAGACAGGAAGAAGAGGGCAGAUGCCAGCUCCAGACCCUCUUCAGUGCUACUGUCUGAUGAACUGCCAUCAGCAAACAGGGGGGACCCCAAAAGAAGCGUUGGACCUCUGGCUUCUCUCAGACACUCUCCAUCCAAACUGGGUUAUCCUGCAGACCUAUGGACUUGUGGCUCCGCUGACCUAACGCCAGCGGGAACCUUAGAAUCUGAAAACAAAAGCCCUAAAAGGACAUUUUCAGAAAGCCCACAUCAGAGGGAAACAAGUUUGCCUGAAUCUCACCCAAACUGGAAGAAAGGAGAGCCGGGCCAUUCUCUUCCUCAAGGUUCUCCUUGCUCGACCCAGCAGAUUCCAGGUAGAUCCAGGGAUUCACCAGAGGAGAAACAUGCAGCCAGUCUUGCUGCUGCGGCGGUCCCACAAACCUCUGCGGAGGAACAUGGAAGCUGCUCUGCACAAAAGCCUCCAGCUGAACUGGCCAAAGGCUUUUCUGAGCAGAGAGUGGAGGAAUCUCAGUGUAACUUCAGACCAUCCACCUCUCCUCUCACCCACUCCUCCCCCAGUCAGACCUCCAUUCCCAAUGCUGACAGCAUGACUUCUCCUCCAGCCAAAAGAGGUCCUGCAGAGAGACAGCCUGACCUGUCUCCCCAGUCUGUCUGCUCCAGUCCCAGCCUCAGCAGGCUCACAUACAUCUCAGUGAAUGACAGCACAGCUGAACCAACUCCAGAGAAGAAGAAUAACUCCACCAUGGCGCUGAGUACCACCAUCGUCAGGUCCAGCCCCACUCCUCCUUUGGAGCCUGAAACGCACCCCGACCUGAACCCCCCUGGCGUCGACAACAUCCAGCCGCAGCAUUCCAAAAGUCUGGACCCCCUACCUGCACAGCAGCACAGAGGUGCAGAGCCCCCCCGUUCUGCCUCCGUUCUGAGCUGCACCCGCAGCCAGAGCGAGUGCAGCUGCCGCCGUGCUGCCGACAGCUCCACGGGCUGCAGGAGCCACAAGCACCCCCCAGACUCCAACGCCGGGCAGCUCACUAAGGUGGACUCAGGCUACUGCAGCAAUCUGAACGUUCAGCAGAGCAGCAGCUCUGGAGCUCCUCUGAGCUUCCAGCAGUGGCCAGCGUCCGUGCCGGCGUUGGCGUGCGCUGAUGCACUGGGUUUACCUCCUUCCUAUACUGCAGAAGGCCUGCAUUAUGUGCCCAUUCCCAGCUUCAAGCCCCAGUUUCCUGGGAUGGUUGAGCAUUCCCACAAAGCAGAUCUUCAGUCUCUUCUCUCUGGACGCUCCCUCUUAAGCUCCCAGCUGUCUCAGCACUUUUUAAGAGCUGGACCUGGUGCUUUUCCUGUGGGCCCGGCAGGAAACCCUCUCUACAGCAUUCCUUCUACAGGCAUUCAGAACAGUGAUGGCCUCAGAGGUGCUCCUCACCUAUCUACCAUUCAUGCUACUGCUGGUCCUGCCGGCACUGGGGGGCAGCAGGAACUGGGAAUGAUGGGAAAACCGUGCAGUCAGUUCAGGAGAGAGCUUCCCGCAGAAAGUAGCCUUGAGGAGUUGAGAGGUCAAGUGGUGGUUCCAGAGGAGCUUCGCUUCCCUUACGCCUGCUGUGUGGGCAUCGCCGCACAAACCUCCCUCAGCCUCUUCAACCCCUCAGAGAGAUGGCAGCAGGUGUCCAUCACUGUGUCGAGCCUGGCCAUCGAUGGACAGAAGGUGGACAGCCUGCCGUACCAGUGGUUGAUGGUGAAGAACAAGACUAUUAUUGCCCCAAAGACCACAGAGGAGCAGAAGGUGCUGUUCAUCCCACCUCGAGCUGGUGUCUACCAGAGUGUGCUCCGGGUUUGCUCCUGGCCUGUUUCUGCUGACGUGGAGCUGGCCGCGCGAGCAAACAUCUUUGCCCAGAGUGUGUUGCUUGUGGCCGAAGCAGAGAACCCCGUGAUUGAGGUUGAAACGAGUAACACUGGCAGUUUGGACUUUGGAGACCUGCCAGGAGGCAGCGCCAAGUCUCUGCCUCUGCGGUUGCUCAACAGAACUCGGGCCACGGUACCCAUCCGUCUGGUCAUAAGCGCGAAUGCCACAGCGUGGCGAUGCUUCAGCUUCUCCAAACACCCAUUGACCACGUCGUCCGAGCCGGCCCCCGGCCCCACCACCUCGCUGCCCGCUCCCUCAGUGAUGAACCAUGUGAUGCACGCCAGCUACAGAGAGAAUCUCGACAGUUUCAUGGUUUGGGUUCAUUUCAACUCGCCUCAGAAAUAUACGUCGUCUUCAGGGGAUCUUGGGCCGGCCCAGGAGUACUGUGCCCGUGUGGACAUCGAGGUUGACUCUCCUGGACCCAGUCAAGUGAUCAGAAGCAUCCCCCUUCAGGCCAGAUCUGGAACUGCAAGGGUACACGCUCCAAAAGGUUUACAGACUGUGCGGCUGUGUGCUCCGGCGGGCGACUGCAGGCAGCAGAUGCUGCCUUUAAAGAACGCUGGGAAUAUUGAUGUGCAGCUGAAACUGAAGCAGACCGGUGAGGAUGGCUUUACCGUGACGCCCGACGAGCUCUCUCUGAGGGUGGGGGAGGAGAAGAGCGUUGUUGUGACUUUCAAAGCACAACACGGCUGGAAAUAUAGAGAUGGGCUCCUCACUGUCCUGAUCCUGCCGUCAGGCCCCCAGUACGAGGUAACUCUGAAAGGAGAGGUCACCCCCUCUGCUCCCGCCCACGCCGCUGUGCUGACCACCAACGUCCCGCCAAUCCUCUCCAAUAAGCAGUUUGUGGCUUGGGGAGGGGUCACCCUGGGCCGAGCCGUCCAACAGAAGCUGGUGCUCAGGAACAACUCGCCAAAAGCCACGCAGCAGCUGCGCCUGCUCAUCCGUGGUCAGGACCAGGACUGCUUCCAGCUCCAGAGUCUGUUCAGCCCUGAAGAGCGCCUCACGCGACACGGAGAGCUGUCCAUCCACCCCAGAGAAGACGUGACCAUCCACCUGCUCUUUGCUCCCACCAGAGUGGCGUGCAUGCUGGCCAAGCUGGAGAUCAAGCAGUCGGGGGUCCGGGCCUCUCAGCCCGGGGUCAAAUUCACUAUUCCACUGUCUGGUUACGGCGGCACCAGCAACAUCAUCCUGGAGGAGCAGAGGAAGCAGGCGGACGGCUACGUGGCCACGCUGACAGACGUUGCGGCGGGUCAUGUCAGCAAAGUGUGUCUGAGUGUGAGGAACACCGGCUCCAGAGCGGCCUUCAUCAAAGCUGUGGCCUUCUCUGAUCUAACAACCAGAACGCCCAUGGAGCCCACUGUCCUGAGCCUGGCGCCCUCACAGUUUAUUCUGAAAGAGAGGACGCAGGAGGUAAUCACAGCUCUGAUGAAGUCCACCCAGAGGGAGCAGAGGCUGUCCCACUCUGACAACACCCCACUGGCCACAAUCUGUCUGUUUUGUGGAGAUGAAGUGUCCAGGCAGCAGUACAGGCGAUCCCUUCAGAGUCAGCUGGAAGCUGCAGGGAAAGUCCUGUCUGACAACAGUCUGCUGAGAAACAUCAACUUCAAUGAAACCUUCCUGGGAGAAGAGACGGUCUCAGAAACGUAUGACCUUCCUCAGCGGCCCAACGAGGCCCACCUCUUCUACAGCAGCAUGAGCAGGGUGCCGGUGUCGCUGCUGGGAAGACCACGCUGUGCAGAGGACAACCAGCCGCCCACCACACUGUGCUCCGGGGCGGAGAGCGGCGUGUCAAAUGUGUCUCUGGAUGUGCUGCCGGUGAAGGGCCCCCAGGGUCCGGCUCUGACCGUUUCUACUCCUGAGGUUUCCGAGCCCCCGGUGCCUGACGCCUGGACCAUCCACCCACAACAUCUCAUCCUGCCAGCCCCCACUAUCAAUGGACCACCAUCAACCCGGCAGGUUCAGAUCCAGAACAAGUCCUCCAGAGAGCUGAACUUUGACCUGUCCUGGCCGGCUCACUGCCUCACCGUCACUCCUCAGCACGGCCUCAUCCAGCCGCAGGGCCACUUGCAGAUUUUGAUCAGCCCCAACCCCUCGCUGGCCUCCAGAGCUGCCCUGCUGCCGUGGAGCGGGCAGAUCUAUGUGGGGAGUGGUGGUCAGCAGAAGUUCAUCAAGGUGCAAAUCCGGAAGGACCUGGCUCUGGAUGCUUCUGUGACUCCAGCAGAUAAGACUCUGUCAGCUUUGCUCGCACAGUCCGCCACCCCGGUGGCCCCGCCUAGCACGCAGUCCACGCUGACCUCACACUCAUCUCAGACGCACACCGCUCUGGUGGAAAUCCCAAACAAGACGGUGGUCUUUCCUGCUACUCUUACUGGAGAAACUACAGAGACCCAGCUGGAGGUGCAGAACAGAGAUGUGGAAGUGAGGUGGUACCUGUCAUCGUUUGCCCCCCCCUAUGUUAAGGGAGUGGAUGACUCUGAAGAUGUGUACAGAGCCACCUACACAGCGUUUAGAUGUUCUCGAGUGUCAGGAACGCUGGGAGCCCGCGAGAAAACACAGAUUCCUGUGACCUUCUUGCCCAGAGACAAAGGGGACUAUGUCCAGUUCUGGGACCUUGAGUGCCACCCUGUGUGCCAACCUCAACAGAAGACCACCAUUCGCUUCCAGCUCUCUGGCACGGGAGUGAAGCUUGGUGGCGGGGAAGGCCCACAGGAAGGAGACUGUUCUCUGGUGAAGACGGACGCCGCAGUGAAGAGCAGGAAAAGACCUGAAGCCUGCAGGAGCAGCCCGGAGGACGCGCUGCGGAGAGGAGUGUAUUCCCCACAGGAGCUGUACACUUUUCCAGACACGCGGGUGGGCGGGUCCAGCACACUGAAGGUCAACGUACGCAACAACUCACCUGAAACACACGAGCUGAAUUUCGUCAAACCGAGGGAGCCCUUUCACAUCAAGCAUUCCAGAUACUCUCUAAGAGAUCAGCAUUACCUGAAACUUCCCGUCCAGUUCAAGCCCCGCGCCAGCGGCCGCCACACAGCGGUGCUUCUCAUCCAGUCUCAAACCAGUGGAAGUCUGGUUAUUCAGCUGGCUGGUCAGGCGCUCCCUUGACUUCUCCAGCCUGCAUCUGUCAUCCUCUGUCGCCACGCCCAGCUGGUUCAGGUGCUGCUGUUGAUGCUUCUGCUGCAGAACCCGGACCUGGACCGAGGUUUUUCCUCACGCGCCUCUGGAGAGGCAAGGUGCCUUCAGACGUCCUAUGGAAGCCGGAGGAGUUCAGUCUGACUUGUUCCUAGUUUGCUUCAGUCUCAGUGCUAAUGGACUUCAGGUCACACAGCAGCAUUAGUUCAGCUUCAGCUGUGGAAUCACACUGGAAUGCCGUUGUUUUUCUUGAUUUAGAAAAAUCUGCUUGUUUUUAAAAAAAAAAAAAAAAGUUACCUAAACUGGUUCCUGGUCUGCAAGGUUCUUUAAUCCUCUGUGGUGUCCCCGUUUCCAUGGAGAUGACUCCCCAUCAAGACGAGUCCUCCUGCACAGAAGCUUUUGCUGGCACCAUCUGUUAACCCCCCCCCGACCUCCGAUGCUCUGCUUAACCGCCCGUUGGGUUUCAUGCAGUCAUCCAGCAUCUGGCAGCAGCAUCAGGAUCCUGAAUGACUGUUACGCAGCUUUCCGCUUUGGUUGCCAUGGUAAAAUGGACUGGUCACUGCUCCAGGAGCGGAGCUUCAUGUAGCAGUUUCCCACUUUGAGGACAAGCAGUCGACGAUGUGCAGGAGUUUGAAACCCUCCUGCAGCGUUUUGUAAAGCUGCACUGAGAGGAGGAAGCAGGAUCCAUCCCAGCUCAGCCUGAACACUGUGUAGGUCUGGUUGUAAAUAUGGAAGCUCUGCUGCUGUGGAAUUAUAAUUCACACUACUAUAUAAACUGUUUAUGUACACUUUAUAAAUAAUGUUUUUAACCCACAUUUACUGGAGAUUUAAUUUAAAGGGAGAUGUGUUCAAAUUUUGACUUAAACCAAUAAAGUUCCAGUUGUUUGUUAGAAA